CAGACCCCCCCUGGCUACCCCUGAUGUUUUGGCUGAUCACCAUCGCCAUCUCUUUCUCCCUCUGCUGUGUGCUGUAUGGUUCAGCCGACGCUCGCGUCGAAGGUCCUGUCGUCGAAGGUGCUGUCGAAGGUGCUGUGGUGGGAAUCGAUCUGGGCACGACUUACUCGUGUGUUGGGAUAUACAAGAAUGGCCGCGUCGAGAUCAUUCCCAACGACCAGGGCAAUCGCAUCAUGCCAUCCUACGUGGCAUUUGCAGCCGACAGCGGAGAGAGAUAUGUUGGCGAGGCGGCAAAGAACCAAGCUGCGGUGGCUCCCUCGCAGACUAUAUUUGAUGUGAAGCGCCUGAUUGGGCGUCGGUUCGAGGACGAUACGGUCAAAUCCGACAUGAAGCUGUUGCCCUUCAGCAUUGUGAAUCAGCAAGGAGUGCCGCAUGUAGAGGUCAAGGUGAAAGGGACGGCUAGAAGGUUCGCGCCUGAGGAGGUGUCUGCCAUGGUGCUGAGUAAGAUGAAGGACAUUGCUUCGACCUAUAUAGGCAAGGUGGUGCGAAACGCCGUCAUCACUGUACCCGGUCAGAAAGACGGAAGGAAGGGGAAACCCCGCUGAGGCACAAUGGAACUGUGUGUGUGUGUGUGUGUGUGUGCGUGUUUGGACCCCUGUCAAUCGAUUUCAUCGAUCAGCAUACUUCAAUGAUGCGCAACGUCAAGCCACCAAGGCGGCUGGCACGAUUGCUGGUCUGAAUGUGAUUCGGAUCAUCAAUGAGCCCACCGCCGCGGCGAUUGCGUAUGGCCUCGACAAGAAAGAGGAGCAGAACGUCCUCGUGUAUGACCUGGGUGGAGGGACAUUCGACGUGUCACUCUUGUCCAUCGACAAUGGCGUCUUCGAGGUCGUCGCAACGAGUGGUAGGUGACUGUGAAGGGUCUAUGUUUGUAUGUGUGUAUUGUACGGAUGGAAGGACCGAUGGGUUGUAUAUCAGGCGAUACGCAUCUUGGUGGGGAGGACUUCGAUCAGCAGUGUAUCGACCACUUUGUCAGGGUCAUUCUGAAGAAACACAAAAAAGACAUCUCGAAGGACGCGGCAGCAAUGCAGAAGCUCAAACGGGAGGUGGAGAAGGCGAAAAGGGCGCUCAGCAGUGUCACGCAAGCACAAAUCGAGAUUGAAGGGCUUCUCGACGGUCUCGACUUUACGGAGACCCUCACGAGAGCUCAAUUCGAGAAGCUUAAUCAUGACCUCUUCCAGAAGACUCUGGAGCCCGUACAAGAGGUGCUUCAGGCCGCAGACUUCAAGAAGUCACAGGUAAAUGUGAUUCUGCAUCGGCGUGAUGAAAGCUUACGAUUUGCUCCUUGCUGGUGCAGGUUGAUGAGAUUGUGCUUGUCGGCGGCUCAAGACGUAUCCCGAAGAUCCGAGAGCUUUUGGUCAGCUUCUUUGACGGCAAAGAGCUGCAUAGUGGGAUCAAUCCUGACGAAGCUGUUGCGUAUGGAGCCGCAGUACAGGCAGGUGAGGUAGUGAAAUGGGCAAAUGUCAUCUAUUGCCGUCGUCUCCAUGUGCUCUAUUGAUGGUGGCAGGGAUACUGAGUGGUGAGGAGGCGAGCAAGGAUCUUCUGCUCCUGGAUGUCACUCCUCUUUUCUUCGGGCUGGACGACGUGCAUGGUGUCUUUCAUAAAGAGAUACCGCGGCAUACGACGAUUCCCACACAGCGCUACAGCACUCAUGGCAGACAAUCGCAGACAAUCAAGAGACGAUGAAAUUUCGGGUAUCUAAUAUAUCCACGUGAUGCAUCCUCAUCACGUAGCAUCUGCUGGCUGCAGUUGGGUGCAAUCGAUUUCAACCAUUCAUGUGCUUCUUUUUGUCGUUGUGUACGCAGGUGUAUGAGGGAGAGCGUCUUAUGGCGAAAGACAAUCAUUUUCUGGGCAGUUUCGUUCUCUCUGGCAUACCACCACUACCAAAGGGCGUCGCGAAGGUUUGGGUAGGUAUGCACGUUUUUCUGUGCAACCUUGACAACGACGCAUGCGCGUUGUUCGUUCCUCUGCACACAUGCAGACAUAUAUGGAGAUUGACCACAACGGUAUUUUGCACGUGACGGCUGUCGAUAAGGCUACCGGUAGUACAGCGAAUGUCACCAUCACUAACAGUGGGCAGCUUGCUGAGGCGCAAGUAGAAAGAAUGAUAAGGUGAAUCGAGCAACGAAACAUAUGAGCGCUUGUGUAGAUUGAUUGAUUUUUGUGUGGAUCCUUGUAGGGAUGCACAGCUCUUCGAAGCAGAAGAUCGAGAGCACAAAGAGCGCGCGACCGCCAUUGGGGCGAUGACAGGAUACCUCGAUGCACUGCGACGAACAAGCGAGGACUUGAAGCGACAGGGGAAACUGACGGGCGAUCAAUAUGAAAUACUGCGAGAGGCGGUAGGUCUAGAAGAUGAACCUGACUGAUUCUUUUCCUGUCAUUCUCUUCUGUGUCUCUGGCAGAUUCGUGAGGGAGAGGAAUGGCUCGCUGAGAAUCGUGAGGCCUCUGUAGAUGCCAUCCGGGAGCAGCAGCGAGAGGUCGAAGAGAAAGUAAAGCCAAUAAUCAUGGCUUUCUACUCAUCAGGCUCAUCGCCUGAUGAUGAGUUCUAUAGCGAUGAUCAUGAUGAGCUGUAAUAGUACUAGUAGGAUGGCUUGUGGUAUGUGUCUGUAUUGUGUGUAUAUGUGGUAUACACGCCGAAUGCUUUGUCGAUGUGUUUUUCUAUCGCUCGCUGUACCGUUAUCGUUCUCUGUACUGACACAGUAAUGCUUGACGUAGGUCGUAUUUCUAAGUCUGUUUUGACUGAUGGUGUUUCGCGAAAUUCAUGCAAAGCCCGCAAGCUCCCAUGCGAAGCUGGGG